AUGAUUGAUCCCGACAUUAAUUUCCAAACUUUCCUUCGCCUUUUCACGCUCCAGACCAAAACUUCUCUCCAACUAUUUUUCUUGCGUUCUCUCUUGCCCUUCCACGAAGCCAGACCAAGGAAGAAAGUGCAAUCGGGUAGGAAUCACCCAUCUCCAGCGGCUGGGAAGAAGACCCAAGUCGAACCCAACCCCAUCGUUCCAUCUUCGUUCCAAAGGAGCCCGUUCGUCGCUGCUGGAAAGGUCCUCCUCUGUGCGAAUUUUGCCUUCAAAUCCCUGAUUUUCUUCUCUUUUUGGUGCAUUCGACGUCAUCCCUUGGAAGAUUUAACAAGUGCUCACGGAGUGGGUGCUAGCAAGGAAGGGCCCGUGCCAUUGUCUAGGUUUCUUCCUUCGUUGAUUUUGCUCGAGCUGCUGGAAAGGUACACGCAUCUUGGGCAUAGGGACUUGCUUGUCCUGCUUGUUGAUCACAAAGCGAGACUCUUACUUGUCAUGAGCUUGAAUUUUAAAUUGCAUGUACCCAUUAUGGCAUCCGGUAAUCCACCAUUUAUCAUAAGGGAUCAUCUUUACUCCGUAGAUGACAGGUUGAAGAGAGGGAGACCUCCUCCUUUGCUUAAGGGUGCCGACGAGGAUGUAAUUAUUGAUGAAGAACCAGCGCCAGAAGCUACUUCAGUGAUUGACCCUGCAUCCGUAUCAAGGUGCUGCAUAGAAAGGGGUCUGUUUCCGGCAGUUCCUUUGUUCUUUCAAUAUCCCUGCAGCACCAGCAAGGGUUGGUCGGAGUGGGUUGAUGCUGAACUGAAGAACCCAUCUACCCGUGAUAUCCUAAGCCGGGCAGGCGUGUUGGAAGCCAUCUUUGCUUCUAAGGCUUGCGACAUCCAUAUUGAAGUCAAGACGCUUCGACACUUGGUUAGACGGUGGAGCACUGAGACGCACACUUUAUUUGUUCGUGGGGAGAGUUCACUCCCACGCUUGAGGAUGUAG